CACGAUUCUACGUUACGUGAUAUAUAAAGUCAACGACGCUAAGAUCCUGAAUUUGUUGCGCAAAUUCGCCUGUGAAUAUUAGGAUCGGGAGCCUUCAAUACGACUCAAGUCACGGUGUACGAGGAAUCCUUUCCCAAGAGAGCCAGCGAAAAGCCACUCAUUGGAUACAAUCAAAUCUUAUUUUAGUCAACAACCUAUCCUGAUUUUGGUAUUUGCCAGGAAAUACGGAUUCCAAGCAACUCACUGCACUAACGAGUGGUAUCCGCAUCAGAGAAGAGUGGUAUGCUAUCCCAAUUGUGGAUCACUCUUCUUCUGGGUCUGGUUCCCAGUCCAUUUGGGAUCACCUCCGCGCUACCCACCAUUCCUACUCCUCAGAAGAAGGGAGCUUUUGAUCAGAUUUUACAAGCCAACUUGGGUACAGAGCGUGACUCCUUUUCCAGUCCGCCCCUUCCAGAUGGCGUGUUUGAAGGGGAUAUCGUUUUAACCAAACAACAGCUGAUUAAUAUUGAUAUUCAUGGCGAUAUCAGAGGCAAUGUCAGCAGGGCAGCCAGCGGCAACGGACGUCUUAGAUGGCCCAAUGGUAUCAUACCUUACAAAAUUGACUGCAGCUUACAAAACAUGCCCGACGCUAUAAGUGCCAUAGAAGCGGCUAUAAAGGAAUGGCAAAGCAAAACUUGUAUCACAUUCGUGAAGAGGACAACUCAACAAGACUACCUUUGGUUCUUCCGUCAAAGAGGGUGCUGGUGUAAUGUCGGACGCAUUGGUGGAAAGACGUAUCUAUCCGUUGGAUUUGGUUGUGAAUACAAGCACGUGAUGGUACAUGAGAUCGGCCACGCGGUUGGUUUCUGGCACGAGCAAAGUCGUCCAGACAGAGAUGGUUACGUCCAGGUACUGAAACAGAAUAUACUGCCAGGUUCAGAAAGUGCUUUCGCCAAAUAUGGCAGGGACAGAAUUGAUUCCCUUGGUUUACCCUACGACUACGGGUCUAUCAUGCACUAUCCUUUCAAUGCUUUCUCUAAAAACGGUCAGCCGACGUUACAAGCCCUAAAACCAUUAAACGGAAAGCAACCUUACCAAAACCUGAGUCCACUGGACGCCGAACAGACAGAUUGGAUGUAUGGUUGUAACGCAAAGAAACGGAAACGCAGACAAACUGCAUGCUUUGAUAGUAACCGAUAUUGUGGAAGCUGGGCGCGAAGAGGAGAAUGCAGGCUAAAUCCACGCUACAUGAAUGUUUAUUGCAAAAGAAGCUGUGGACUUUGUGGGACAACUGCGGUGUGCAGUGAUAGAGACUAUCGUUGUACUUCGUGGAGAAGAUAUGGUUAUUGCCGUACAAAUUGGUACACAAGGACAAACUGUAAGAAAUCUUGUGGGCUCUGCCCCAAGCCUCCGACGGUGAGACCGAAACCACCAACAGUAAGGCCUAAACCACCGACUGUAAAACCCAAACCGCCAACGAAGAAGCCACAGACUCCUCCUCCAUCAAAAACACCACCUCCUCCUCAGACUCCUCCUCCGCCGAACACACCACCUCCACCCCAGACUCCUCCUCCAUCGAAAACACCACCUCCUCCUCAGACUCCUCCUCCGCCGAACACACCACCUCCACCCCAGACUCCUCCUCCAUCGAAAACACCACCUCCUCCUCAGACUCCUCCUCCGCCGAACACACCACCUCCACCCCAGACUCCUCCUCCGCUAAACACUUCUCCCCGUCCUAAGACUUCUGUUCCUAAUACUCCAUCCACACAUGAACCUGCCACAUCAUCCCCUGGGUGUUCCGCACCUACGGCUCUCGGGAUGGAAGAUUUCACCAUCAAGAACAGUCAAAUAACAGCGUCCAACAGCGUUAACAGAUUUCAUGGUCCUACCCAGGCUCGUCUUAACCUUCCGGUCGGCAAAGGUGGUGUGGGUGCCUGGUGCGUAGGCCGGCCGAGCAACGAAGAAUACUUACAAGUUGACUUUUUGAAUAAAACCACUAUAACAGGAGUUGCAACUCAAGGAAGAGAAAGCGCAUAUCCAAAAUUUGUGAAGGAAUACUUGCUGUCCUAUAGCGAUGAUGGAAAGUCGUGGGCUCUUCAUUCCGAGGUUUUUACCGGAAACAGUGACAUGUCAACAGUAAAAACAAAUCAGGUGACCAACCCAAUAGUUGCCAGGUUUGUCCGAAUUCUCCCAACUUCCUGGGAUACGGACAUUUGUCUAAGGGCUGAAUUUUAUGGCUGUCCAGUCCAGCCAACCAAUCCUCCGCCGGCAACGACCUCCAUGAAAUCCACAACGGCCAGUGAAGCACCAUCCACUCGUCCCCAGACCUCUACGACACAAAAACCAGCAUCAUCUACUCGUCCCCAGGCCUCUACGACAUCAAAACCAGACAAACCUACCACAAAGGUCACGCCACGCCCACCAAUAGUAACAGUACCAGACAAACCCACAGGCUUUAAGUGCGAAGAUCUUCAUCCAAACUGUGCAGAUUUUGCUAAGAGGGGGGAGUGUUCUGCUAAUCCAGGCUGGAUGGGAGAAAACUGCAAGAAGAGUUGUGGAUCCGAACGAUGCGAUAAAGAACCUGUUAGGCCAUUUGCUCCGUGCUCCAGUCCACUCGGAAUAGGUUGGAAUUUUAAACUACCUGACAGCGCAUUUUCAGCUUCUUCGUCCCUUGAUGUUGGUGGCGGAUGGGGCAGCGGCGCACGCAAUGCACGAAUGUAUUUUACAGACAACUUUGAUUCCAAGCGGGUCGGGGCCUGGUGCGCAGCGACGCCAAAGAACCAAUGGCUGCAAGUGGAUUUGGGGAUGGACAAAUAUAUUACAGCUGUUGGGACGCAAGGACGACACAAGUAUUACGAACACGUGAAAUCGUAUAAACUCGCCUUCAGUCAGGAUGGAAAUGCUUGGAGUGUCUACCAAACAGAUGGCGAAGACAAGGUAUUUGGCGGCAAUUGUGACCACUUUACCCCCGUUUUGAACGUCUUACAGCGUGGUGUUACUGCUAGAUAUAUCAGAUUUUACCCGGUGACUUAUAACUACGUCUGUAUGCGGGUAGAAGUGUACGGCUGCGAUGCUUGAUUACAUAAUAUUUUACGCCCUGAAACAGGAGUCUCCGAGACCACACUUUUUAAAAAUUCAUCACUUGUUUUUCAUUACCAUUACUUUUUACAAGUAGUUUUCUUGCUUUCCUUUUCCAAGUGCCGUUUUUGUUUAGUGUACUUUAAUCGGUAGUGGUUUAAACUUACGAAGCUUAAACGUAAAUCCUGUGAUCUAGGACAACUAGACAUGGUUUCUACUCCUACCUACCAUGCAUGUGUUUGUCUUUUUGCUAAUCUUUCGUAAUGUAAAAUUGAGGAUGCCAAGCUUGAUCAAUAAAGGAAUCAUUAGAUGA